AAUCGGCUACCCUUCAGAGGGCCUAUUCUUGGUGGGAGUUUGGUGCCAGAAGAAGAACUCUCAAAGAAUGGGAUCACGAAUGGGGAGCCUUGUCCACUGAAGGCAACAUCUGGUGGAUGGGCAAUCGGUGCGGGGAGUGGUUCAGCGUGAUGGGCUCCAACGCGUUGGGAUGGAUUUUUCCAAUUGGAAGAACAGAUGAUGGCUUGUCGUAUCCAGUGAAUCCUCGGUUCGACGAGGACGGUCGCUGGCGAAAACGUGAAGAGUGGCCUGAGGCGUUACGAUAACGACUUUUCUUGGACGAGAUUUACAGGAUAUCAUGGUGCACACGACCCCCAUUGUAGACGUCACCUGGUUUAUAUAUCGACCUUAUCGGGUUGACAGGAUUGUAUACUGGUCUAGCUCUUUUUCGGUUCAUCGUGGUUUUGAUUUAUGCUGGCUACCCAACACUCUGCUACUUACUACCACAUAUUGUACAAUAGGAAUUUUUGAAUACAUACCGAUAGACCAAGCUUAAUACACGGUGCUUUGGUUUACCCGUUUUCUCCGUCGGAAGGUACAUCAUACCCACGUGACCUUGACUAGCCGAAUGGGUGGGCGGAGCAUGGAGUAUAAAUGGGUCGCUCCCCGACGCCGCUCCUACCACCCACGAUAGAAAUUAAACCAGCCAAUUUCAAACGACGCCAACGACAACGAUGUCCCCAACCGCUACUGCCACCAACAGCCAUGAUUUCAAGGGCAACGGUACUCACUUGGCACCCCAAGCCAAAACUGUUGUUCUGAAACCGACGCCCGCCUCGCCCAAGAUAACGUCGGCAGAUGUGAUUCACAAGGAACACAAGUAUGGCGCGCACAAUUACCACCCACUUCCUGUCGUUUUCGACUCCGCGAAAGGUGCCAAGGUGUGGGAUCCCGAGGGCAGGGAGUACAUUGAUAUGCUUUCUGCGUAUUCCGCGGUAAACCAGGGACAUUGCCAUCCCCGCAUAGUGGCGACGCUCGUUGAGCAGGCCCAACGGCUGACCCUCUCAUCGAGGGCUUUCUAUAACAGCGUCUUCGGACGCUUCGCCCAACAGAUCACAGAGAUGUUUGGGUACGACAUGGUCCUACCAAUGAACACAGGCGCAGAGGCAGUUGAGACUGCUGUCAAGCUUGCGAGGAAGUGGGCGUAUAUGAAGAAGGGCGUGCCGGAUGGCAAGGCAAUUGUUUUGAGUGUGGAGGGCAAUUUCCAUGGAAGAACUUUGGGCAUAAUUAGUAUGAGCACAGAUCCGGAAAGUCGGGGUGGCUUUGGUCCAUAUCUGGAGGGUGUCGGUCCAACAUUUGUGGAUGGAGGGAAGACAUCGACAAUUCGCUAUGGCGUCCUUGAGGAUCUGGAGAGAGCGCUGGAAUUGCAUGGGAAGAAUGUGGCGGCUUUCCUAGUGGAACCUAUACAAGGGGAGGCAGGGAUUGUCGUCCCUGCGGAUGGGUAUCUACGAAGUGUACAUGAACUUUGCAAGCGACACAAUGUUUUACUCAUCUGUGAUGAGAUUCAAACUGGUCUUUGUCGAACGGGAAAGAUGCUUGCAUCGGAAUAUGACAACGUCAGGCCUGACAUGGUUCUUCUUGGGAAAGCUCUUUCCGGCGGAGUUUAUCCCGUCUCCGCUGUUCUCGCCGAUGCCAGCAUUAUGCUGUGCAUCAAACCUGGUGAACACGGUAGCACGUAUGGCGGGAAUCCUCUAGGCUGUGCUGUAGCAAUGACAGCACUCAACGUUCUCGUUGACGAGAAGCUCGCUGAUCGCGCAAUGAGACUCGGGGAAUACUUCCGCACAGCUGUGCGCGAUUUGAACUCGCCGCUGGUUGCUGAAGUUCGCGGCCGCGGGCUGCUGAAUGCUGUUGUCAUUGACGAGACGAAGAGCAAGAAGGGCAGGACGGCAUGGCAGCUCUGUCUUUUGUUGAAAAGCAGGGGGGUGUUGGCUAAGCCAACACAUGUGAACAUCGUUCGAUUCGCACCCCCACUUGUCAUUAAGGAGGCAGACCUGGCAAAGGCUGUAGCUAUUAUUGGAGAAUGUCUCGCUGACCUCGAUGAGGUUGAUGUCAUCCCUGGAGAUGAUGAGGAGGAGAAAGGGCAUACUGAUACGUUGACACUUUGAGCCGUCUUUUCCCUUUUCUCUGCAUUUUAAAUAUUUUAUUUUAUGUUGAGGGCUGAGAGCUGAAUGUUGUAGUGUACCAUACUCCCAAUAUACGUGCACUAGCUUGUCCGCGUUG